UUUGUGGAUAAAAUUAUUUAUAUCAUCUAUAUAACAAAAUUAUGAAUUUUAAGUAGCAUCUUUAUCUAAUUGGAAAUGAACGUACUAGGAGUAUCACUGUUUCUUUUUUACAACAUCGUAACGUCACACGCAGUAUCUGAAAAAAUUUGUACAAGGAUUGAAAAUUACACGCUCACUUAUGAAGAAAGAUACGAACAGCCAGUAGUCGUGAACACGUUCACAUGGUGCUUCGAAGUUCCACCAAGAUGUCCUCGAAACUUCACUGUAAUGAGAGAACGGUAUCGAAUAAAGUCGGAAGUCAAGACCAGGAAGGUGAAGGAAUGCUGCGAGGGUUACAAACCAAUAGCAAUUCUUGCAGAGAACGAUGGCGAUACGCACUGUGUACCUUUUUGCGAUAAAUGCCUAGCGGGUGUUUGCGUUUCACCGAACAAAUGUCAAUGCGAUCCUGGCUACUAUGGGACGGAUUGUUCGAAAGAAUGCCCUCCAGGAUCGUGGGGCGUGCAAUGCAUGCAGAAAUGCGAAUGCACCGAAAACGUUAUUUGCGAUUCUAAAAACGGCGAUUGUCUUUGCCCAGCAGGUUUCUGGGGAGCAAGAUGUGAAAACUCCUGCAAUUGUAAUGAAUCUAAUGGCAAUUGCCAUCCUAAAACUGGACAAUGCACUUCAUUCGCAGUAACCGACAUACGUUCUUCAUCCGAAAGCAUAAAUGAAGCUAGAUUAUUUAGUACAAAAAUCAUGGAUUACGAAAAAGAAACGACUGAUCUUUCUUGGACUACUGAACAUAUUAUGAAGGAAGGAUGGGAUAAUUAUGUCACGCAAUCGAGCAUGGAUAGUAGUUUCGAAAGCACAAACAACGAGCAAACUUCUCGUUCAACCGGAUUUGAUGUUAAAACUAAAACGCAUAAUCAAGGAGACGAUAUUAUUGGCACAAGCACGGUUAGACCAGUGAUCGUCCUUGUCUCUGUUCCGGAACGUCAAAAGACUAUCUUGGCGAAAGAUCGAAAUAAAUUUGCAUUAAAGGAUGUCUUCUUGGGGCAUUUGAAGGAAAAAGGUGAACUUCGUGAUGGUCUAUCACUGAAAACUGAUUAUGUCAAAACUAUUCAUAAAGAAAAUAAUACAACAGCUGCAUCGAUUCCAUUGGACGUAGCAUUGAUUAUCAUAGGAUCGAUAGUAUUUCUCAGUUUAAUGUCCGUCGCAAUCGUUACGAUUAUCCAUACAAGGACGAAACUUUUCGAGACGGUGAGACUUUCGAUUUAUAACGACGAGAAAGAAAAAAAUAACGAACGUGAAAGUGAAAAGCAACAACGACCAUCCGGAAAGAUUUCAACGAUCAUCGAUAGUGCACUACCUCAAACACCGAUACAUACGAAUCCUUCAGCAUUCUUUUCAAAUUUUGAACAAACCGGUACGAUUUUACCAACUGGUAUAAACAUCGAACCAGUAAGUAGUUACGCUAAUGGCACCGCAACCAUCGGCCUUCGAAUUUCCGGCCAUCUUCGUGAGUUAUUACAAGAAGAUCAUUAUGACAGACCUCCUACGACCUUACUACGCCUUCACACGAAUUUUGAAUCGAACGGUGAACACCUUUAUGAUGAGAUUCCUUUGCAAUCAACGGGUCUUUGCGAACGUAAAUGCACGUGAUUAACUCCAACGUGAUUAACUCGCUCUACUUGACUAUAUUUCUCUCUCUCUCUCUCUCUCUCUCUUUCUCUUUCUUUCUUUCUCUUUCUUUCUUUUUCUUUACUCCUACUUCGUCGAAAGAUACACGGAUCAAAAAGAAUAGUUCAUUGAUGAAGUAACAAGUGUCGAUAAAUAUACAAAUACACACAUGUAUGUGUGUCAACAAUGUGUUCAAAAUAAGAAUUUCAAGAAAAAAUCCAACUCAACUGGUUUUCUAACUUACGCAUAGAGAUUGAACGUACAAGGCUACAAUCGAAUUGUUGAUCAUUGAUUCGAGAAAAUAAACAACACCAAUGAUUAUUCUUUAAUGAUCCGACAUGUACACACCUCCUUGUGAGUUGUAAAUUUAUUCAGUCAAACGUGAAAGGGAAUUCUAUACAAUUAUUUAUCUUAUUAGUAUUUCUUUUUUUUUAUAGACUUAAGUCAAAGCGUUCUAUUUCUAUAGAAUUAUCGUACAUGCAUGAAAGAAAAACUGAAUGUUUUUAGAUUAAUCAAAGAUUAUUAAUAUUUCUAAUUACUGUUUUAUUUUAUUAAUUUAUUUGGAGGGUCUUAUCAGUGUAAGAAUUUUUUUAAUAAUUCAUCCGAGUGUAUUUUCUAAUGUCUCAUAUUUAAAAUUAAAAAUCAACAAAAAUUGAACUUUGUAUUUGUACGAUAGAAUGGAUUACUUUGUUUACUUCAUAUAAAUGUUGUAUAUUUAUAAACAAAACAAAACAAAAAUAUGAUAUUUUAGUGAAAAAAUUAAGAACAUUUUUAUAUAAUAUAUGUAUGUAUCUAAUUUAUGUACCUCAGAGAAUUUUUUCUUUAUCGACUUAUGAAAAUUAGGGCAAUGUAACUAUCAUUAUGCGUUUGAAUGUAAUCUCCUUAUAACCCCAUAACCCGUUCUUAUUAAAUAAGUCAUCGGUAAGAAAAAAAAAGAACACAGAUACGAAUAAAUGCAGAAAAUUGUGUCGACGUAUAAUCGGAAAAAAAGCGAUAAUAUUUUCAAACGAAAUUACUUACAUAUCUAGGUUUAUUUAAUUUUUUUUUUCGAUUAAAAAUGUUUAUAGAUCAAAUAAUUUCAACAUAUUUCCGAGAUGAGGUCGACAAAACAUUUCCUCGAAUAGUAGAAUCAUUCGUAUAAUAUAUAAGUUAUUUCUAAGAUGAUAUAUUACAAAAUAUUUCUUACAAAUGUUAACAUAUUAAAGCUUAAAAAGAGUCUCAGGUAUUGAUACGUCAUUUAUAAAUAAAGUAAU